ACUAACCAAUGCUUAAGAGUUAAGACAGCUUCACGGGAUUGAAGUAUUGAACUUACACGCGAUUCAGCAGUGAAGCAAGGCAGCGGCGAAGGCCGUAAACGAAGAAACAAAGCCGAAGAAGAGGACUUUUCAUUCGAGGAGAGCACCGUAGUUUCUGAAGGCACAAGCCGAAGAUGGAUCGGUACCAAAGGGUGGAGAAGCCAAGGUUAGAGACACCCAUUGCUGAGAACGAGAUUCGAAUUACUAGCCAGGGAAGGUUGCGGAAUUAUAUCACUUAUGCCAGGAGUCUACUUCAGGAAAAAGAAGCUGAACAAAUUGUGUUCAAAGCAAUGGGUAGAGCAAUCAACAAAGCAGUAGCAAUGGUGGAGCUCAUUAAGAGAAGGAUUGUUGGUCUUCAUCAGAUUACUUCCAUUACAUCCACUGACAUAACAGAUACAUGGGAACCCUUAGAGGAAGGCCUCCUUCGUUUGGAAACCACCAGGCACGUUUCAAUGAUUACAGUUACUCUCUCAAAGAAGGAGCUGGACACCAAAGAUGUUGGGUAUCAGAUGCCCAUACCUGUGGAGCAGGUUAAGGUGUUUACAGAGAUUGAUUAUGAAGAGAGAUCUCCUUCUGGUCGCGGGAGAGGACGGCAAGGUGGUAGAGGAAGAGGAAGGCCUAGAGUUGUAUCUGGAAAUGAUUAUGCGGAAGCCGAGUAUGACGGUGUUGGAUAUGAUAGAAAUAAUAACUACCUCAGGGGAAGGGGUCAGGGCAGAGGACGUAGUUUCCGUGGACGUGGAAGAGGAUACGAGGGCCCACAGUAUGAUACACAGCAAGAUGGUGGCUAUGAUUAUGAAGAACCUACUCAGGGUAGAGAUGGCGGUCGCAAUUUCCAUGGACGUGGCAGAUUAGGCUACAAUGAUCAGCAGUAUCAUACACAACAAGACAAUGGCUACAACUAUGAAGCACCUAAUAGGAAUCGUGGGAGAGGUCGUAAUUUCCAAGGUAGAGGUGGUUACAGUGGUCCACAAGUAGAUGGUGGUGCUGAUUAUGAGGCACCAUAUAAUAAUCGUGGUGGUAGAGGGCGUAAUUUUCGUGAACAUGGGCGAGGAGGUUACAAUGAUUCACAUCAAGAUGGUCGGUAUGAUUAUGAGGAACCUUCUCAAGGUCGUGGUUUUCAUGGACAGCGGCGUAGAGGAGGUUAUAAUGGUCUGCAUCAAGAUGGUGGCUAUGAUUAUGAUGCACCUUCUCAAGGUCGAGGCGGAGGUCGUGGAUGGGGUAGAGGAGGUUACAAUGGUCAGCAGGGAAAUGUGGGCUACAAUUAUGAGGCAGCUGGUCAACAUCGAGGUAGAGGUACUUUCCGUGGACAUGGUAGAGGGGGGUACAAUGAUCCACAAUAUGAUGUGCACCAAGAUGGGGGCUACAACUACGAGGCUCCUGCUCGGGGUCGAGGACGUGUUCAUGGGAGGGGAGGACGUGGCAGUGGACGCUCGUGGUAGAUGCAGUGGGGUCUCUCCAGAGAUUUAUUUUGUCGCAGCUUGGAAAGAAUUGCAGUAACAAUGUUAUUUAAGGAAAAUGUUUCAUAUUUUGUUUCAUCGGAUUGGUUUGAAAUUAACUAGAGGAUUUGAAGUGUAGACUAACCUUGGAAGGGACCACGUCUGCAUUAUUGCGGGUUUUGGAUGAGGUUGAGAAUUGGUUGGUAAGCGUCUAGGAAAACCAGCUUGGCUUGAGGUAACAUCUCUUUUAGGGAAUUAAUCUCGGCUAGAAACUUAGAAUUGACCAAUAUUGCUGCUUCGUUGUAUUUCUCUGCACAACCUAAACCGUAGCCUCCCAACGUCCUCUCUGCUGGCACACACCCUACCGGUACCUGGCUGAAUAUCCCAAUCCUUCUAGCUCCCAUUCCAUACAAUUCCUUGAUGAAAUAUUCAACACAAAACAUUCUCCAAUGUUACUGAAUAAUCAGAUGUAAUGUAACUUCUAUAUAUAUGUGUAUAUAGACCUACUUGAAUGAAACUGGAAGCCUUCUGGACCAAUAGAUCUGUGUAGGAAUUGACGUCGUAUUGUAAACGACGGAGUCCGAGGGUGAAAUACGUGUUGGCAAUGUCAUUACUUCCAGCUACCACCAAGAACAAGCUGUUGUCAGUUAUGAACUUUGUUUCUUCUUCGCCAAAUGCGGUCUUCAGUUUUCCCAGAUACUCUUUGAAGUAGUUCAAUUGCGUUGACAUUGGGACAACU